CAUGGGAGCGCUUUGGAGGAGAAAUGACAGGUUCAGGGUCACCAACAGGCAGGGGCAGCUGUCAUACUUGAUAGAUCCUGCUCCUGGGAGUCUACGACAGAGGUGGUCAGGAACCCCGGCUGGAAAAGGUAGCCAAGAAGGGGGUCUGGGCACGCCUGGCCCGUGCCAAGCCGCGGCUGACCGUCUUCCGCUUCCCUGACUCCGCCUCUCAGUCCUCCCCCCCUUCCCCCCACAUAUACUUAAUACCUCUGGCACCCAGUCCAUCCGCCGUGGACUUUGGCCUCAGCUGUAGCUCGUGCGGGAGCCGGGAGGACUGGGAGCAAAGGAGGAAGCAUCUGGUGCAGCACCUGCCAGCUUUCCCCAGAGGAGAUGCUGAGACCGGAGACUCCCAGCUAGGGAGGCUAUUAGGGGCAAGGGCUCGAGGGCCAGAGUAAACCGCACGUGUUGUCCUGCCCAGCCCGGCUGCCACCUGCAGAUCACGUGGGCUCGGUCAUGUGGCUGCCUGUGCUGCUGGGAGUCUUACUCUGGGCAGCACUGUGGCUGCUCAGAGACCGGCAGAGCCUGCCCCCCAGCAAUGCCUUCGUCUUCAUCACCGGCUGUGACUCUGGCUUCGGGCGGCUCCUGGCACUGAGGCUGGACCAGAGAGGCUUCCGAGUCCUGGCCAGCUGCCUGACCCCCUCGGGGGCAGAGGACCUGCAGCGGGCUGCCUCCUCCCGCCUCCACACCACCCUGCUGGACGUCACCGACCCCCAGAGCGUCCAGCGGGCAGCCAAAUGGGUGGAAACAUAUGUUGGGGAAACAGGGCUUUUCGGUCUGGUGAAUAAUGCCGGUGUAGCUGGUGUCAUUGGGCCCACACCAUGGCUGACCAGGGAUGACUUCCACCGGGUGCUGAAUGUGAACACACUGGGUCCCAUCGGGGUCACCCUUGCCCUGCUACCUUUACUGCAACGGGCCCGGGGCCGGGUGGUCAACAUCACCAGCGUCCUAGGUCGCCUGGCAGCCAAUGGUGGGGGCUACUGUGUCUCCAAGUUUGGCCUGGAGGCCUUCUCAGACAGUCUGAGGCGGGAUGUGGCUCCUUUCGGAGUACGAGUCUCCAUCGUGGAGCCUGGCUUUUUCCGAACCUCUGUGACAAACCUGGAGAGUUUGGAGAACGCCCUGCAGGCCUGCUGGGCACGGCUGCCUCCAGCCACACAGGCACACUAUGGGGAUGCCUUCCUUACCAAGUACCUGGAGGUGCAGCAGCAUGUCAUGAACCUCAUCUGUGACCCGGACCUGACCAAGGUGAGCAGGUGCCUGGAGCAUGCCUUGACUGCUUGCCACCCCAGAACCCGCUACAGCCCAGGCUGGGACGCCAAGCUGCUCUGGCUGCCAGCCUCCUACCUGCCAGCCAGCCUGGUGGAUGCUGUGCUCACCUGGGUCCUUCCCAAGCCUGCCCAGGCAGUCUCCUGAACCCAGCCUUCCAGCAAGAGAUUGUUCUUCAAAUGCAAGAACUUCAUUCCUGUCCCCACCCUGGUACUGGCACAAAAUAGGCACUCAAUAAAUGUGUUUUUAAAGAAGUAGAUGGGCAGAAACGAAGGUGCUCCGUGAAGUGCUGUCAGUGCCUGCAAAAUAACUAACACCCACUGGAGGGCGCAAGAGGGCUGCGUCUCUAGUUGGUCUUUAAAGCUGCACCUAAAUGGCCACUGGAGGGCACUAUUGGAUGUCUCCUUUCUUUUCUACAUGAAGUAAUACUAGUAAUGCAACGUUUGGGAAUGGCCCUCAUAUUUUUCUUGGGGGGCAAGGGAAAGAAGUAUGGAGGGGUCACGUCUAGGCUGGAAAAAGGUAGUACUCACUUAAAUGAUUGUCUAAGUCAAGAAGGAUGACACUGGCCACACAGAUGUCAGAGCAACUCAUCACCACCCUGAAAGGAGCCAGGCCCCUGGGCUGGGGAGGGAGUUGCUGGGCCCUGAGUUGGACAGAAGGCCAAGGAGGUGUCGGUGGUAGAUGUCAUGGCGGGCCUCUCCCAGGUAGGACCUUUGUGGGUUUAACUGCAGUACUGA